CACCAGUAGCUCUUCAUCAGUUUGUCUCAAGCAAUUAUCCAGCAAAGAUGUCCUCCAACAAGAGCGGAAUCGUGAUCUUCGUCGCCUGCUGCCUGGUGGCUCUGGUGGCCUCCUAUCCCCAACCACAUCUCGAGGAGUUCUGGACCAAUUCCGAGCAGCUUCCCGAGGAGGCUCCCUUGGUUCGCCGCGCUAGAUCGCCGGAGGGCGGCUCCCUGGUCCUGUCCGCCAGCAAGGACCACCAGGUGGGUCGGGAGGCCAGUCUCCAGUACAACCACAAUCUGUACUCCAGCCACGAUGGGCGCGGCAGCAUCGACGCCUACGCCCAGGCCAGCCGCAAUUUCGACCAUAACCGCAACAACUUCGGCGGCGGCAUUCAGGGCACCUGGCGUUUCUGAGCGGGAACGCGAGUACGAGUUUUAAAUUGGUCACAAAAUGAUUCAUGUGAAUAAAUAAAUGUAUUUACCAAAGCGCA